AGACGACGUACCUGACCUUCUCGGUUUGCCUCGUCUGUCUCGUCCCUGAAACAAACGAGAGGACGUUGGAUGUUUUUUUCUCAGCGGUGAUUGAUUUUCGUCGCUUGUUUGAGAAAACAAGCAGUUCGCAAUGCCAACAACGCUGGAAGUCCCUACGCCGCAGGAGCUAAAGGUGGAUGAGGUAAAUGUGUCAUCUGCAGUUCUGAAAGCUGCUGCCCACCAUUAUGGCUCCCAGUGUGACAAACCAAACAAGGAGUUUAUGCUCUGUCGCUGGGAGGAGAAGGAUCCAAGGAAGUGUUUAGAAGAGGGGAGGAAAGUCAAUGAAUGUGCACUGAACUUUUUCAGACAAAUCAAGGGAAACUGUGCUGAGUCCUUUACGGAGUACUGGACCUGCUUGGAUUACACCAACCUGGCAGAACUCCGUCACUGCCGCAAACAGCAGCAAGCCUUUGACAGCUGUGUCCUUGAGAAACUAGGCUGGGAGAGACCUCAACUGGGGGAUCUAUCUAAGGUUACCAAAGUGGCAACCUCGAGGCCUCUCCCAGAGAACCCCUACCACUCUAGACCUCGCCCUGAGCCCAACCCAGCCAUCGAAACCAAACUGGAGCCUUCCAAAUAUGGCAGUAGGUUAUUCUUCUGGAACUGGUGAAACAUUUCCAGUAGGAGUAAAAGAAAAUUAGUCACCCUCCAAAGUCAUGAGUUCUGCCCAAAAACAUCAAGACUAUUAAUUAACAACUUUCACAUGAUGAUGGAAUCAGGUGGUUUGAAUCUCUCAGGUGUGAAAACAAGCAUUUUUGAUGCUCCUCCUCGCACCCUUUCCCAUAGAUGACGUUGGAUUUGGGCAGGACUCAUGUCUAUAAUGUGUUCUUUAAGGCUGUACCCCACCAGCUUUGUUUGAUAAAGGAAAGGAAAAUGGUUGAUUGGGAGAACAAAAUAAAUCAAUUCAUACAACUUUCCUUAACAUUUCUGUAAAUGUGAUGAUGGAACAAAAACAGAUGUCAGAUAAUAAAGAUUUAAUUAUAAA